AGGUGGCUCCUUUUUAUACCAUUCCUCUUCUUCUUCUUCCUCCUCCUCCUCAAUUAUCUCUUUGCAAUAGUUCUCAACAAGUUAAAGACCUUUCCUUUUUUCUUUAAAGGCGUUGUCGACACCUCUAUCAACUUUCGACCAUCAAUUGAAGCUACAAAGAUAUCAAAAAUGAGCAAAACAAGAACUUCUAACAACAAAAUUCCUAAACAACGAUCCGCGGACACCUCUUCCUUCGCCACCAACCCCUUCGAUUCCGACUCAGAACUCGAUCGCAGUUAUACUAAGUCGGCACGAGCUUCCUCCGUUCCUUCGGUUAAUGUAGAUGAAGGGAGAAGCACUUCUACCUCAUCUUCGGGCUUCUCUUCUGCGAGAAGCAAAUACAAGAACGACUUUCGCGACGACGGCGGCAUAGAGAACCAGUCCGUGCAGGAGCUCGAGAGCUACGCGGCGUAUAAGGCCGAGGAGACUACGGAGAGAGUGAAUGGGUGUUUGAGGAUUGCUGAGGAGAUGAGAGAAGGUGCUUCGAGGACUCUUGUGACAUUACACCAGCAGGGUCAGCAGAUUACAAGGACACACAUGGAUGCAGUUGACAUUGAUCAUCAUCUUACCAGGAGUGAAAAGCUUCUGGGGAGUCUUGGAGGGAUUUUCUCCAAGAAAUGGAAGCCGAAGAAAAAUCGCGAGAUCAAGGGGCCUUUUCUAUCCAGAGAUGAUUCUUUUAUACGAAAGGGUAGUCAUUUGGAGCAGAGACAAAGGUUGGGAUUAACCGAUCCUUUGCCCCGAUCGAAUCCUCGACGUUCAGCGACCGAACCUGCAUCUGCGCUGGAGAAAGUUGAGAUCGAGAAGGCGAAGCAGGAUGACGCACUUUCAGAUCUGAGUAAUGUAUUAGUCGAGCUGAAAGGCAUGGCUAUUGACAUGGGUUCCGAGAUUGAGAGGCAAACUGCAGCUCUGGGCAAUAUGGAGCCCGAAAUCGACGAACUAAACUUCCGAGUGAGAGGAGCAAAUGUUCGGGCACGACGUCUGCUUGGGAAAUAGAUAAUGCGAAGAAAAAAAAUAAAUUUACACACAUUCAUGUAUACUGAAGUAUUUCAGUAUAUCUCUUCUGAUUUUGGUGAGACAGUUUUUGAUCUGUUGUGAAAUCAUUUUGAGGUCUGUUUACACUAUACAUCUUGUUGCUGUUAUUCAUGUACAAACAUAUGCGUCCAUGUGUGAUAACAUAGCAAAUUCUUGUUGUAAUAUGAUACUG